AUGUUAAAUCGUUUACUUCUUUCGCGAUUUUCUAUUUAUCGACAUUUAUCAUCAGUCAUAGCACCUGCUUGGCGUGAAAAACUUUCUCAAGGUCCAUCCUUAAAAUCAUUUAUUGAGCAAACUGUUAAUCAAGUUCCACAUGAAUCAACUCUUCCACCUUAUAUAACACAAAAUAAUAUCGAUGACUAUGAACCAUUCGAUCCAUUACAACAUUCUAAACGACGUGUUUAUUUCGAUGUAUAUGGUUGUCAAAUGAAUGAAAAUGAUACUGAUAUAGCUUAUACAUUUUUGGAUAAACAUGGAGGAUAUGAACGUGUUAAUAACGAAAAUGAUGCUGAUAUUGUUUUAUUAAUGACAUGUAGUAUUCGUGAAGGUGCUGAACAAAAAAUUUGGAAGAAACUUCAAUCACUUGGUCAUAGAAAAAAGACACGUUCACCAUAUGCUCCACCAUUUCAAGUUGGUGUACUUGGUUGUAUGGCUGAACGUUUGAAAGAAAAAUUAAUUGAACGUGAAAAAAUUGUUGAUGUUGUUUGUGGUCCAGAUGCUUAUCGAUCAUUACCGAAUUUACUUGAUCAAACACUUUUAAUGUCGGAUCAAAAAGGUAUUAAUACAAUUUUAUCAUUAGAAGAAACAUAUGCUGAUAUAACACCACUUCGAUUUGAUAUUAAUAAUCGACGAGCAUUUGUAUCAAUUAUGCGUGGAUGUAAUAAUAUGUGUGCAUUUUGUAUUGUACCAUUUACACGUGGACGAGAACGUAGUAGACCUAUGGCAAGUAUUCUUGAUGAACUUCGUUAUCUAGUCGAUAUAGGAAUAAAAGAUGUAACUUUACUUGGACAAAAUGUCAAUAGUUAUUGUGAUAAAUCUGAAAUGAAUGUAUCAUUACAUACAACAAAAACAUUAUCAAGAGGUUUUCGAGAAAAUUAUAAAACAAACCUCACUAAAGGUUCUAUCCGUUUUACAACAUUACUCGAACAAGCUUCACAAAUUUCACCUGAACUUCGUAUACGUUUUACUUCUCCACAUCCUAAAGAAUUUCCAGAUGAUUUAUUACAUGUUAUGCAUGAUCGUCCGAAUAUCUGUAGAUCAAUACAUUUACCAUGUCAAAGUGGUAGUACACGAAUACUUGAAAUAAUGCGACGUGGUUAUAGUAAAGAAGCUUAUCUAUCAUUAGUAGAACGUAUUCGAUCGAUCAUACCUGAUGUUGCAUUUUCAUCUGAUUUUAUUGCUGGUUUUUGUACGGAAACAGAAGAUGAUCAUAAUGAUACACUUGAUGUAAUUAACCGUGUACGAUAUAAUUUCAUUUACUCAUUUCCAUAUUCAAUGAGAGAAAAAACCAAAGCACAUUAUCAUUUAAAUGACGAUGUUCCAUCGGAUAUUAAAUCACGUCGACAUUUAGAAAUUCAUGAAUUAUUUCGACAUCAUGCACAUUCAAUAAAUCAAUCAUAUAUAGGACAAAUACAAUUAUGUCUUGUCGAAGGACCUAGUAAACGUGCGCCCGAAAAUGAAGUUGCUGGUAGAAAUGAUUAUAACACAAGAGUUAUAUUUGCUAAACAAGUACCGAAUAGUGAAGAAAUAUUACAACCAGGUGAUUAUGUACAAGUUCGAAUUGAUUCAGCAACAUCACAAACAUUAAAAGGCACACCAAUAAAACGAACAACACUUCAGGAAUCUAAAUCAUUAAUGAACACUUCUUGUUAA